ACCUGUUCUAGAAGAGGGAUAUUGGGUAGUGGAGUAUUGAUUAAUUGACGAUCAUGACGCUUAUGAAAUAAAGCUUAGACCUCAACCAUUUAUUUGAUUCAAACUAUGUUUUCCACUGCGUAACGACGUAAGAGAUGACCAAGCGUUGAGAAAAUGGCGGUGCAUCUCUCCGCUACUUUUUCCCAUCCUCUUUCCUGCAUAAUUUGCCGCAGAGCACAGUCGGCUUUUUUCCCAGUACAAUAUUUACUGUUGAAAAUCAAAAGCAUGGAAUUGAGAGCCCUGCAUUCCGAAGCAAAACCCCUCAAAAUCGCCGCUCUAUGUGGUUCUCUCCGCAAAGCCUCCUAUCACCGCGGCCUCCUCCGCUCUGCAAUCGAGCUAUCGAAGAGUUCAGUGACUGGUCUUGACAUUGAGGUAGUGGACAUAGAGCCCCUCCCUUUCUUGAACACAGACUUGGAGGUCGACAAUACCUACCCUGCAACUGUUGAAGCUUUCAGGAAGAAGAUCCUUGAAGCUGAUAGUAUCCUCUUUGCAUCUCCUGAGUACAAUUAUUCUGUUACAGCUCCCUUGAAGAAUGCAAUUGAUUGGGCAUCUAGACCUCCAAACGUGUGGGCUGAUAAGCCUGCUGCCAUUAUAAGCACAGGGGGAGGUUUUGGCGGGGGAAGAGCUCAGUUUCAUUUGCGCCAGAUUGGGGUUUUCCUUGACCUGCAUUUCAUCAAUAAACCAGAAUUUUUCAUUAAUGCAUUUCAGCCUCCUGCUAAAUUCGAUAGUGAAGGUAAUCUAAUUGACGAAAGUACGAAGGAGAGGUUAAAGCAGGUUCUUAUUUCAUUGAAGGCAUUCACGUUCAGACUUAAGGGCAAGGACUGUUGAAUUGCUCUGCCACUAGGUUGAAUAUUGUGUUCUCUCUUUUUCUCUCUCUCUCUCUCUCUCUCUCUCUCUCACUUGUUAGGGCUAAGUGUGGGAGAGCAGGUUGAAUUCAUGUUAUUGUGUGCUCGGGCAUGAAGAGAUUAUUGAGAGUAGAUUAUUGGGGAGCAAUUAUGGUGUCUUGGAUUGAGUGGCUGUAUGUUAUAUCUAUGACUUGUUCAGGCUAUCUAAAUUGGAAAGCCAUGCCAUAUACAUAUCUACGGAAUAAGAUUGUAAUACUAGAUGGAGGAUAUUCAAAUAGAGAGACCAUACUGUACAAUUCA